CAUACGAUCUGUCAUCAUCCUUCGUACAAUGCGAAAAGGGAAGUUGAAAUAAGUGGGAGAGGGACAUCGCGGAGCCUUAUGAAAUCUAACGAUACGGUAGCUGUCUGGGUCAUCGAAACACUGUGAACAGACACUAAAGUGCCACGAAGAUUGUCCUGAAGACACCAUUCACAGUAAAUAGCUUCCUGUUUUGGUAGGUAUUUUCUACACUUUUCUCAGUGUGUUAGCGUCCUGAGGAAGAGACAGGGCAGUCUGACAUGGCAAGUAGAGGCGGAGCUACGCGACCCAAUGGGCCAAAUGCUGGCAACAAGAUCUGCCAGUUCAAACUUGUGCUUUUAGGGGAGUCGGCCGUGGGGAAGUCGAGUCUCGUGCUUCGUUUCGUCAAGGGACAGUUUCAUGAAUUCCAAGAGAGCACAAUCGGAGCUGCCUUCCUGACUCAGACGGUAUGUUUGGACGACACAACAGUCAAGUUUGAAAUCUGGGACACAGCUGGUCAGGAGCGCUACCACAGUCUGGCUCCUAUGUACUACAGAGGUGCCCAGGCAGCCAUUGUGGUGUAUGAUAUCACAAAUGAGGAGUCAUUUGUACGGGCGAAGAACUGGGUUAAAGAGCUGCAGAGACAAGCUAGUCCAAACAUUGUAAUAGCUCUGGCUGGGAACAAGGCUGAUCUCGCAAACAAGAGAGCACUGGACUUCCAGGACGCACAGUCAUACGCAGAUGAUAACAGCUUGCUUUUCAUGGAAACAUCAGCAAAGACCUCUAUGAACGUCAAUGAGAUAUUCAUGGCCAUCGCGAAAAAGCUACCCAAGAAUGAGCCUCAGGCGGCUGGCGCCAGCGGCGGGCGGAACCGAGGAGUGGACCUGACGGAGACGGCUCAGCCCACCAGCCGCUCCUGCUGCAGUAACUAACCUGGCUCUUCCUGCUCAUCCUUCCCACAUACCCCCCUCCUCCUCUGCCCCCCCUCCCCCUCCUAACUGGACAUCGGGCUCCUCGGCUUCCUGACGUCAGACCUGACUGUCAAUCUCACUCCCCUGGAAUAGCUAAAAGACUCUGUAUAGCUGCAUUUCUAAUACCUUUCUUUUUUUUCUUGAUGUUCUUUUUUUUUUUCUUAAACUUUUUUUAAGAAGUGUAUAUCAGUAUAAUGGAUGCAUGUAUCACUACAACGCCUAAACACAUUUGUAUCUUUUAUUCAUUUGUAAGACUUACCCCAAUUUAGAAGAAUGAGCGAGAGGGAAAACCUUUGAACGUCUGAUUGUGUGGAAGUGUGAUUUGCUGAUGAGAAGCUGUAGCCUCGUUUAUCAUUUCACAGGGUUGACUGGAUGCGAAUUAUGUUGCCUAUAUGCUCACAAUCAGAAGAAAACCAAAUUGUUCCCAACUCGAGACGCCUGGCUUCUCUGUCUGUUAUGAGGCAUCAAUGCAUUGAGACAGUGCCAGGAAAGGACUGUUGUUCAAAUCAAGGACCGCUCCCUCCUCACAUCUGUUACAUAAGAGGACAUACACAUAAAAGUAUUUAUCCAAAACUGCGAUGAUCCACAUUUGGCUUCCUACUAUGCACAACCAUGUGUAUAACAAUAUGGGUUUGUGUCGUUGCCGGUUAUCAGAACAAAAGUCGUCGGGUUGUCGAAAAACCUAGAGCUUUGGAAAGUUCAGUAACAUCAGGAACCAACACCUAAUGCCAACAUGAGGCCGGUGUGACGGGAUGUUUUUUUGGCUUGCUAUUUAACAAAUGUUUUCAUGUUGUGGGUUCAUCACACCUAUCACAGAGGCUAGAUUUUCACAUUGAAAAAUCAACAGGAAAUUUGAUGACUGUUGAACUUCCAUGGUUGCAAAGACUUGAACAUACAACUAGUUAUAUGUUAUAAUCUCUUUCUGUUCCGUCUCUGUCCAGGUGAGUAGUAAACCUGCAUCAAACUGGGUGAUCUCAAUCUUAGGGGGUGUUUUUAAAGUAGAGUUCAGACAGCACACAAACAUAAAAUUGGACUACUACCCAUUGUCACAAGUAUGUGAAAAGAAUAUACUUCUAUAUAACUUUGUUAUAGGGUGCAAUGUUGUUUUCUUCCUCCUUUAGCACAGCUUGCAGAGCUCAUACGCUCACAAGGAAACAAUAUAGAGAUUCCGAACAAUUGUACAGUUCAAUAUUGGUCUGCUUGUUUAUUUUCUUUCUUUAUUAUAUUUUCAUCCUAGACCAUAUAAAAAAAUGGUCAAAUGUUAAGCAGUGGGGGUCUUUUUAGGUAUAUGUAAUGCUAUUAACAAAAUCCCUCUCCGGUGUAUUGUUACUUUUAUCAGAAAUGGUUCAUGGUCAUGUUUGAAAGGAACUUCUAUUUGCAUUGCACAUUGUUGAUCAUGUUUUAAUUAAUGACUGCCCCUCGAUUUUAUAUGAUGGACUGUAUUGGACUUGCUAACCUACAGCUAUAAGCAGGUAGCAUAAUUAACCUAACUGGUGGUCUCUCUUACAGCUUAAUGAAUUUUAAUGAUGUAAAACAGCAUUACUAGUGAUGGGCUGAUCAGUUUUGAGUGUCUGAAUACAACUUAAUAAAUUCAAUAAACAGG